AUGUCCAGCAAACAGCAUGGCUCCUUGGGCAUGGUGGGCAGAAUGGGCUACACGCACCCCAAAACUAUUAUUAGGCUUCUGCCUCUUCAUCGUGCCCCCUCCAUCAUCUGCGGUAAUGGAACCUCCCCCUUUCUACUGGGUGCUCUGGAUUCGUUCCUCGCAAGUCCUGUCGUAUCCGUUAACACAAUACGGUCACCAUCAAAAGCUUAUAGGUCCAGAUACAUCUUGGCUUCCGCCCAGCCUCAACCCAUGAAAAAGCAUUGGGAAACCGUUAGUCAGGUGGCGCUCAAAAAGAGAUACAAAAAGUCAAGCGGUUUCGACAUCGUUGUGGGAAUUCCGGAUGUGCCUUCUGAGACGAACUUGAAAUUUCCACGGAAAGCCAGUAUCAAACGCCUGGACCAUUACAACCAGGAGUUGCGCCUAGAAGCCACACGCAUCCAGAUAAUCCUGGGAGACUGGUAG